GAGAGUACUGGUGCUUGGACUGACGACGCCUUUUCUGAUACCUCGGAAGCUUCAAAGAAAACAAUGUAAAAGUUUGCUUUAGAAUAAUUGUUUUGUAUUCGAAAGAAAUUACGGCAGUCAAGUAAAUCGAGAUUUAUUCAAAGCGUUUUUGUUACAAGACUAUUUUUCUACAUACCUCAUAACAUGUUACCCCGGGUUACAUGAAUUUCGGCCCACGGAAUUUUCGGGCCGGGCCGAAAGUCCUAGAGGAAUUUCGGCCAAUCCUUAGAAUGACCUCAUUGACCUCUAAAAAGCAAUUUAAUUUUUUUAAUUAAUUGCUAGAUAUUGUAGUGCUGAGCAGGACGGCAUGGGCAUAGUUGCGGACGCCGAUCAACGCAAAAAAGAUACGAACAUACCACAUACGCCUACACCCACACUAGCACCCCACAAGCUUACACCUACACUCACAUCCAUGACAUUCUGCUCAACAUUGCGCCAUGCCACUGAGCGCCACGCCGUUCUGCUCAGCACUAUACCGUCCUGCUCAGCACUACGAUAUCUAGCAAUUAAUUAAAAGAAUUAAAUUGUUUUUUAGGGGUCAAUGAGGUCAUUUUAAGGAUGAGCCGAAAGUCCGGGCCGAAAAUCCCAUGGGCCGAAAUUCUGGUCUCCCGUUACCCCCAUAGUCUCACCACUUGACUUCGAUACAAUCAAUCGAAACAUUUCUACUAACGAAUAAAAUUGGGUGGGAAAAUCAGAAUUUCGGACUUGAAAUAUUGCAAAGACUUUUUUAAGAUGAUAUUGACACUCUCGAAAGAGAACACUACAAUACUAUGUUUUUGUACUUUUAUGAAGGUAAGGAAUUGUAAGGUCAAAGAGAGUUUUUAAUCAUGACUGAGGAAAUGAUCUUAAGAAAUAUGAUUAAUUCAUCAUUUCAGAGAAUAAGGUCGCUUUUGUGGAAAAUGAUGCGCUAAUUCUCUUUUGAAAGCUUCGUAUUUUGUUCAAAAAAAUAAAACGAUAUUGAGCAGAACAGUCGUAACAAAACUUAGUAGAUACAUGCUCGCAGCGAUCCACCACUUAUGAGCAUCUUUAGAGCUUCAGCAACAGUUCCACCCCUCUAGUAUAGUUUCUGUUCAUUAAAACUUUUCUAGGCGCAGAUUACAAAAGUUCCAUGGUUUUCGAAGGCCAAUUCUACCUUCAGAAAGAAAUACAAAUGAUGGUGCCAAUUCAAAGUUGAACCUAGUUACACAGAAUACCCGUAGGGUUCAAUCUCAGACUAAAGCAGUGCCAACGUUGCCGACGCUCGAAAACGAGUAAGUGAAAUGAAAUGGAGGAUAGCUUUGACUUUGAAGUUCUGGUUUCACUCUUUUAGAAUAGACAUGAAACAAACGAGGCAAAUGAUUGGCUAUAUAGCGAUGACUGGUAUUGUUGGUAGUUUUGCGCUUGCCGGUCUUAUUCUUGGAGUCUUGGCUCUUAUUUUUGGUCUAGACAAAAGUAAGGCAUGAUGAAUCACUCACAAAAUAAAGUAAAAAUAAUUUCACGAUCCAUGGCAUUCUCGACUAUAUAUUCAAAAUCUAUUCAUUUACAUUGAACAUGAAAAUCUGAUUGAGUUACACUUUUUGAAAUUGUACCACCUAAGAGGAGAACAGAAUUUGAAAACCAUGUUUUCUAUUCCUAUAUGAUCCCUUCAUUUUGCUUUCUGCUAUCUUAAUCUGUCAGAGUUUUCAAAAUGGAACAUGAACUGUCAAUAGAUUGAUGAGAAACUGCUUAUUGUAGAGGUGCCAACUGGUACAAUUCUUCUGUAUAGUGGUAGUGCAUCGAAACUUAUCGACUCAGAUGAUCGAUGGUUGUUUUGUAAUGGCUCAGAAGUAUCUCGAUCAACUUAUCGUGCAUUGUUUGUUGUCAUUGGUACUACUUAUGGAGCAGGCAAUGGUAUAAGUACUUUUAAUCUGCCCGAUUUACGAGCUCGAUUUCCAUUCGGAAGCGCCGAUCUAACCGAUAAUUCUUUCGCUUCGGGUGGUACUGCAUCGCACACUUUAACAAUAGCGGAGUUGCCUGCUCAUACGCAUGACCAAGGUUCAUUACAAACGCAGAACACCGGUGGGCACACCCAUUCCAUUAGCGAUCCAGGGCAUAAUCAUGGAGGAAACACUGGGAGCAGUUCUAUGGGUAGUGGCAGUUAUAGAAUAAGCGGCUCCUCCGGAUCUGGCAGUGACACUAGCACUCACUACCAUACGAUUCCUGUUGGCACAACAGGCAUCACAAUACAGUAUAAUGGAGAUCAUACCCAUACCAUCAGUGGUUCAACAGGUUCACAAGGACAAGGUCAAUCUAUCGAUAAGAUGCCGCCCUACCAAACAGUUCACUACAUCAUCCGAGCUUGA